AGCGUGAAAUUUAAUUCCUUCCAACGAAAAGUGUUCAUACCCGGCACUGAAAUACAAGUGCGAAUAAUCGACAAUGAACGCAGUGUAACGACGCAUUUAUUGAAUCCAAAUUUAUACACCAUUGAACUGACGCAUGGACCCUUCACGUGGACCAUCAAACGCCGCUACAAACAUUUCAAUUCGCUACAUCAACAACUCAGUUUCUUCCGUACCUCAUUGAACAUUCCCUUCCCGAUGCGCAGCCAUAAGGAAAAGCGCGCAACGCUUAAGAAAGCUGCCAUACAAAUGGCCGAUGAGGCGCGCCUAAAGUCCCUGCAGCAAACACAGACGCAGACAAUGGUGAUGGAGACCAACCACAAAGUUCAAUACACUGGCAAUGUCAAUGGAAAUCCGGUUGAUACGUUGGCGGUGGCGAGCGCCAGCAGCAGUCCUUUGGCAACGCUGGGGCUUAUGGGGAAAAAGAAAAAGAAGAAACGAAAGCUGCCGCGUUUUCCAAAUCGCCCGGAGUCGCUUAUAACAGUCGAGUCACUGCCGCUGCGCAUAAAGCAACUUGAGGAUUAUCUGUACAAUUUGCUGAACAUCAGCUUGUAUAGAAAUCAUCACGAAACGCUGAACUUCGUCGAAGUCUCAAAUGUGUCCUUUGUCUCUGAUCUCGGUAUCAAAGGUAAGGAGGGUGCUAUACUUAAGCGCACAGGCUCAACACGUCCCGGCCAGGCAGGCUGCAAUUUUUUUGGCUGCUUUCAGCAGAAAUGCUGCGUGCGCUGCAGCUUUUUCUGUUCGGAUGUGCUGUACGGCAAGUGGCGGAAUCGCUGGUUCUUUGUAAAGGAAACCUUCUUCGGCUACAUACGUCCCGAUGGUGUUAUUAGAUCUGUGAUAUUAUUCGAUCAGGGCUUCGACGUCUCUACCGGCAUCUAUCAGACGGGCAUGCGCAAAGGUUUGCAAGUGCUCACCAACAGCCGUCACAUCAUACUCAAGUGUUGGACGCGCCGGAAGUGCAAGGAGUGGAUGCAGUAUCUUAAAAAGACGGCGAAUAGCUAUGCGCGUGACUUCACCUAUCCCAACCCGCAUAUGUCCUAUGCGCCAGUGCGUUCGGGUAUACAAGCAAGUUGGCACGUGGAUGGGUCCACAUACAUGGGCGCGAUAGCGGAUGCACUCGAAGAGGCGAAGGAGGAAAUUUUCAUAGCCGAUUGGUGGCUCAGUCCAGAAAUUUAUAUGAAACGACCAGCGGUCGAUGGCGACUACUGGCGGCUGGACAAGAUACUGCAACGGCGUGCGUCGCAGGGUAUUAAAAUCUUCGUGUUGCUUUACAAGGAGGUCGAAAUGGCUUUGGGCAUAAAUAGUUACUAUAGCAAACAGAGGCUUUCCCACGAGAAUAUUAAGGUUCUCCGCCAUCCUGACCAUGCGCGCGCCGGCGUGUUCUUCUGGGCGCAUCACGAAAAGAUUGUGGUCGUCGAUCAGACCUACGCUUUCAUCGGCGGUCUAGAUCUUUGCUACGGCCGUUGGGAUGACUAUCGCCACCGUCUCACUGAUCUUGGCAGCGUCUCCACCGCCUCGGCUUCCGGCAGCACGCGUCACCUUACCAGCUUCUUUGCCAAAGACGAUGGUGACUCUGCCUUUGGUUCGCAGAAGUCUUCGCGCAAGGAAACAAGCAAUGUGAGCACAGAUUUUCAGAAAAGAGAGCAGCUAACCGUCAGCUAUGCAGAACCAGAAUUUGAGGAGGUCGAACUUCGCACCCUCUCGCCGGGCGAAAAACUCGUAAUACCUGAGCUGCUCUCAUCCACCGUUGACGAACCGGUCGCCGUCGAAGGCAUGAAGCUGAACACUCCUGAGUUGGAGCGUAAGAAUGUGUUGGAGAAGAUUACCACCAAUGCGAUGCGCAAGGGUAAAGACUUGGUGAGUAGGCUAACAAUGACCGAGCAGGAACGCGCUGGAAUGGGCGACAAAUCGCCAGAUGUGCUGAAAGAUCCCAAACAGCUGGUGUUCACCAUAGACGAGGUAGAAAAGGGGCGUCUAGGCGGGCUGGAGGAUCCAACACCUUUCCAAACGCAAAUUCUCAACGACUAUUACGGCCAAGCGAAGUACUGGUUCGGCAAGGACUAUUCCAAUUUCAUACUGAAAGAUUGGAUGAAUUUAGAUGCGCCGCUGGUCGACAUCAUUGAUCGAUCAUCAACGCCACGUAUGCCGUGGCAUGAUGUGGGCAUGUGUUUGGUGGGAUCGGCGGCGCGUGACGUGGCGCGCCAUUUCAUACAGCGCUGGAAUGCUGUGAAGCUAGAGAAGAUGCGCGAUAAUGCGAACUUUCCCUAUCUAAUGCCAAAGAGUUACACCAACAUCAAACUGAAUCCGAAUAUUGUAUUGAAGCGACAAAAUCGCGUAACUUGCCAAUUGCUGCGUAGCGCUUCUUCAUGGAGCUGCGGCUUCAUCGAACAGGAUUUGGUGGAGCAGAGCAUACAUGACGCUUACAUACAGACAAUAACCAAGGCGCAGCACUACAUCUACAUCGAGAAUCAGUUCUUCAUCACAAUGCAGCUGGGCGCGACGGGCGCAUAUGGUAAUGUGCGCAAUCAAAUUGGCGAGACACUGUUCAAGCGCAUAGUAAGAGCGUACAAGGAGCGCAAAACCUUUCGCGUUUUUGUGAUCAUUCCACUGCUGCCUGGCUUUGAGGGCGACGUUGGUGGCAGCACUGGCAACGCGGUGCGAGCAAUCACGCAUUGGAAUUACGCGUCGAUAUCGAGAGGCCGCUCUGCGAUACUCACACGCCUCAAGGAGGUCGGCAUUAGCGAUCCCGGCGAGUAUAUAUCCUUCCAUAGCUUGCGCACAAACUCGCAAUUGAAUAACACGCCCAUUACUGAACUCAUUUAUGUGCAUUCAAAGUUGUUAAUCGCCGAUGAUCGCGUGGUAAUUUGCGGUUCGGCAAAUAUCAACGAUCGCUCGAUGAUCGGCAAGCGGGAUUCGGAAAUCGCUGCGAUCAUAGCCGAUGAAGAGUUCGAGGACGGACGCAUGAAUGGCAAAAAGUAUCCGAGUGGUGUAUUUGCGGGCAGGCUACGCAAAUUCCUAUUCAAAGAGCAUUUAGGUCUACUUGACCCCGAUGCCGAUCGCAUGCCAAUUGAUGUAACCGACCCGGUAAUCGAUCAAUUUUGGAAUGGGAUGUGGCGUCGUACGUCAACGCGUAAUACAGAGAUAUACGAAGAAGUUUUCAAGUGCAUACCUACCGAUAAGGUGAAGUCGUAUGUGGAUUUGCGAAAAUAUCAGGAAGAGCCGCCGCUAUGCAAAUCAGAUCCGGAGGUGGCGGCCAAGCGGAUGGCAAAUAUUCAGGGAUUCCUAGUCAAUCUUCCAUUGGACUUCCUUGACAAGGAAGUGCUGACACCGCCUGGUACCAGUAAAGAGGGACUCAUCCCCACCGCCGUGUGGACGUAGUCUGAGCUAUGCAUUUUUACUGUUACAUAUAUGUAUUUGCUAAAAUGUAUUUAUUAUAAAUUUUUUAAGAAAUCGGUAAUAUGCAGAAGAGUUUAAAGUGCUUUAUUAGCUGUUAAGCAUAGCGUAUGUAGGAUUAUUAUUGGUUUUCUUAAGUAAACAUACAUUUUUAUUCUUAAACCAUAGAUCUUUAUUUUAAGUUUGACUAGGCUCUAUACUUUAAACAAAUAGUUGUUGCAGUAUUUAAGCAUUUGAUAAUCUUUUACAAGUGUCUAUUCCAUUGUAUUUUAC